GAGAGGGAGUCGUUGGUACGCUUCAGGGCAGAGGAGACGUAGGUUUGGCUGAUCUUCUCGGCUACCGGCCGAACCCUCGACGUCUUUCCGGCCCGCGCAGCCAUGUGGAGCCGCUGGAAACUGCUGAACCUGGGCCGACGAUUUGUAAAUUAUAAGCCAUGGAGGUGGAGAAGUAAUGCAGCAUGUGAUAGAGCUCUAGAGUAUAAAGUAGGUGACAAAAUCCAUGGAUUCACUAUAAAUCAGGUAACACCUAUUCCUGAUCUAUUCUUAGUUGCUGUGAAACUCAGUCAUGACAGCACAAGUGCAAAAUAUUUACAUGUGGCAAGAGAAGAUGCAAAUAAUUUAUUUAGUGUGCAGUUCCGUACUACCCCAAUGGAUAGUACUGGUGUUCCACAUAUUCUUGAGCAUACUGUUCUUUGUGGUUCUCAGAAGUAUCCCUGCAGAGAUCCUUUCUUCAAAAUGUUAAACAGAUCAUUAGCCACUUUUAUGAAUGCAUUUACAGCUAGUGAUUACACAUUAUAUCCAUUUUCAACACAAAAUCCCAAGGAUUUUCAGAAUCUCCUUUCAGUAUAUCUGGAUGCAGUUUUCUUUCCAUGUUUGAGGGAACUGGACUUCUGGCAAGAAGGUUGGAGACUAGAACAUGAGAAUCCAAGUAACCCUGAAACACGCCUUGUUUUUAAAGGAAUCGUUUUUAAUGAAAUGAAAGGAGUAUUUACAGACAAUGAGAGGAUAUUCUCGCAGUCUCUUCAAAACCAACUCCUUCCUGAUCACACUUACUCAGUUGUAUCUGGUGGUGAUCCACUAAUUAUCCCUGAUCUUUCAUGGGAACAACUCAAACAAUUCCAUGCCACACAUUACCAUCCGAGUAAUGCUAGGUUCUUUACUUAUGGCAACCUUCCAUUGGAACAGCAUUUGAGGCAAAUUGAUGAAGAAGCACUAAAUAAAUUUCAGAGAAUUGAGCCUAAUACUGCAGUGCCAGCCCAGAAGCUUUGGGAUACACCUAGAGAAUACCAUGUGACAUGUGGUCCAGAUAAAUUUGCAACAGACCCAGCUAAACAAACAACCAUUAGUGUUGGUUUCCUCUUGCCAGAUAUUACAGAUAUAUUUGAAUCCUUCACCCUGAAUCUUUUGUCUUCACUACUGAUUGAUGGACCUAAUUCUCCAUUUUAUAAAGCUCUGAUUGAAUCUGGUCUUGGCACAGACUUUUCUCCGGAUGUUGGGUAUAAUGGCUAUACAAGAGAGGCUUUCUUCAGUGUGGGCCUGCAAGGCAUUGCGGAAAAACACAUGGAAACAGUUAAACAAAUUAUUAAUGAAACAAUUGAUGAAGUUAUUGAGAAAGGAUUUGAAGAUGAUCGAGUUGAAGCUUUACUACAAAAAAUUGAAAUCCAAAUGAAACACCAGUCAACUAGUUUUGGACUUGCCCUGUCAUCGUAUAUAGCUUCCUGCUGGAAUCAUGAAGGGGAUCCCAUUGAGCUUUUAAAUCUUGGAAAUCAAGUGACUCAAUUCAGGAAAUGCCUUAAGGAAAAUCCAAAAUUUCUGCAAGAAAAAGUCAAGCAGUAUUUUAAGAAUAACCAACACAGGUUGACCUUAUCUAUGAAUCCAGAUGAACAGUAUUAUGAGAAGCAAGCACAAAUGGAAACAGAAAAACUAAAACAAAAGAUUGAUUCUCUUUCUAUGAAAGACAAGCUACACGUAUAUGAAAAAGGUUUAGAAUUACAGGCUUUGCAAAGUAAACCACAAGAUGCUACCUGUCUACCAGCAUUAAAAGUGUCUGACAUUGAGCCCACUAUAUCCUUUACUGAGCUGGAAACAGCGUUGGCAGCUGGUGAAAUCCCUGUCCAGUACUGUGCUCAACCAACCAAUGGUGUAGUAUAUUUCAGAGCCUUUUCGAGUCUGAAUACACUUCCUGAGGAACUUAGGCCAUAUGUGCCUCUCUUCUGCAGUGUGCUUACAAAGAUGGGUUGUGGCAUUUAUGACUAUAGAGAACAAGCUCAACAAAUAGAACUAAAAACAGGAGGAAUGUCGGUCUCUCCACAUGUGAUUCCAGAUGAUUCAGAUUUAGAUGUGUAUGAACAGGGUGUGCUUUUUUCGUCUUUGUGCCUGGAUCGAAAUCUAUCAGACAUGAUGCAUUUAUGGAGUGAAAUAUUUAACAACCCACACUUUGAAGAUGAGGAACACUUUAAAGUGUUAGUUAAAAUGAGCGCUCAAGAGCUUUCAAAUGGAAUUCCUAAUUCUGGUCAUUUAUAUGCAUCUAUUAGAGCUAGUAGAACACUUACUCCUGCUGGAGACUUACUAGAAACCUUUAAUGGCAUGGAUCAGGUGAGACUAAUGAAGCGAGUUGCAGAAAUGCCAGACAUUAAGCCAGUCCUAAGAAAACUUCCUCGUAUCAAGAAAUAUUUAUUAAAUUGUGAUAAUAUGAGAUGUUCGGUUAAUGCUGCCCCUCAGCAGAUGUCUCAGGCAAGCAAAGAAGUUGAAAAUUUCAUUAAAAGCCUUGGUCGAAGUAAAAAGGAAAGAAAAUCUGUCCGGCCCCAUGUAAUUGAGAAACCUAUUGAUUCCAAACCAAAUGGUGGUAAUGUAGUUGAUGGCCCCCAAAUUAUAAGAAAGCUCAUUACUGACCCUACUUUCAAACCGUGUCAGAUGAAGACUCAUUUUGUACUUCCUUUCCCAGUGAAUUAUGUAGGUGAAGGUGUUAGGACUGUUCCGUACACACAUCCAGAUUAUGCCAGUCUUAGGAUCCUUGCACGUUUGAUGACGGCUAAGUUCUUACAUACAGAAAUUAGGGAAAAAGGUGGUGCAUAUGGUGGAGGCGCUAAACUCAGCAGUAAUGGAGUAUUCACCUUUUAUUCCUAUAGGGAUCCAAAUUCAAUACAGACUAUCCAGUCUUUUGAAAAAGCGGUCAAUUGGGCCAAAUCUGGAAAAUUCACAGAGGCAGAUAUUGAAGAAGCAAAACUUUCAGUUUUUUCAGUUGUAGAUGCCCCACUUGCACCUUCAGAAAAAGGAAUGGACCAGUUCUUAUAUGGGCUUUCAGAUGAGAUGAAGCAAGCACACAGGGAACAACUCUUUGGUGUCAGUCAUGAACAACUUAUUAAUGCCAGCAAUAAACACCUCAAAAUUGGACAGAGCACACGAGGAUUAGCAAUACUUGGACCAGAAAAUGUGAACAUUGAUAAAGACCCAUCUUGGGUAAUAAGAUAAUUAGUUACCAAAAAAAGCUUAAUUAAGCACAUAUUAAGUAGAUUCUUUAUUAGAUUCAUGACCUAAAAUCACUUUAAUGGGUCAGAAUCAUUAAUAACUUGUGCAAAAUUUUAUCAUGUACACUGUCUCAUGUUCAGAACUUAAUUAUGUCAAAGGACACUUACUUUUGAGGACAACUCAUGAAGGAAAAAUAGUGAUUAUAUAAUUUAAUGGCCUAAUUGAAGAGGUUAUGACAAAGCUUUAAAAAUGUAUAGACUAUAUAUUUUUUUAAACUUCAGGGGCAGUGUUUAUUUCACUCUGUAGGCCCAAAAUUGGCAUGUCAGCUUCAUACCUUUAAACAUCUGUAACUUUUAGAAAUAAAACAAGAAUCUGACCCAAAUGUGCAUUGGUCAUCUGUUUUCAGCAGUGUUUUGAUUUAGUGAGUAUAAGCAAAAUACAACAUUUCAUGCGUUGUAUCCAGGGCUAAUUUUAACCAGUAGAUUUUGUUUCCUUUCCCCCUCUCAAUCUUCUCAUUUCAUAUCCAGAUCUGAGUUAAACUCUGGGUAGCUUCUAGAAGAGGUGAAGAGCUGAAUCUAACUUAGAAGAGUCCCUAUUUGAUUACCAUCUUUGGAGAUCUUAGGCCUUCCUAGUUUUACUUGCCUUAUUUGCAGGCCUUUAUACUAUUCUUCAGGCAUUCUUAAGGAACUAGAAGUCACCUGUAGGCUGCUUCUUGUGUCAGGGACAUUGGGUCAGAAUAAUGAUGCAUAAAAUCAAGUUAAAUAAAAUAGUGUUACAAAGAAAAUAAAGUAUAUGGUAGUUAUCUAGAUUGUUAUACAAACCCCUGCUCGAAGUAGAAAGAAUGGUGCCUUCUAAUGCCUUCUUUUACUCUCUUUAAAUGCUAAAUCUUCCCCCCUCCAUUCCACUAUUAUUAUGGAAGAACAGCAGCAGAGUGUUAAAGGAGUUUGGGGAUCCUUCCUUUGAGGACUACAGAGCUAGUCUUAGGAAAGCUUACUAGCAAUACCUGUGUCAAUAUAUCAAUUGCUAUGAUGGAACUUUAGUCUGGAUAAUUUUCUACCCUGAUAGGCAAGCGUGGCUAUUGUCAAAAAUAUUUCUUUCUGAUGUCUGUUGACUUUUCACCUCUCCCUACCUGUCCCUACCUGAGUCUUCUCCUGGUGCAACUGAAAGUCAUAGCAAAUUAGAGUUGUCAUUAAAAAACAGCUACUCCAUCUCAUAGGUGAAAAAUCUUGGCCUUUAAGGGGUCAAGUGACUUGCACCAAAUCAUGCAAUUUGGAAAACAAUAAAAUACAACCAAGAUCUUCUAAUUCCCACUCUCAUACACUUUGUACUAUUCCACAUUGUCUACGUUUCCUUUUCUUUCUACGCCUUAACUGAUCAUAAUCUAGGGAUCAAAUAAAUUUUAUUACAUAUUUAGUAAAAUUUUAUGUUCCCUGUUGAUUACGGGGCUGUUUUUGGUUCUUUGUUUUUUUUUGUUUUUUUUUUUUUUUUAGGAGGGGGAAGAGGAUUCUCUUGACUAUUCACAGGCCUUUCAUAGAAAUAAAAGAGUUCCCUUUUCUCCUCACUUCAAGGCUUCUGUCCCAUAUGCCGAUAUUUUCCUAUUGCACAAUGUUCUUUAAGUCAGGGCUUGAGCACUUCCCAUCUGUGAACCACUCAAAAUUGUGACCAUAGUUUCAAUUGUUACAUAGCUAACCUGAGUAGCAACUAGUUAAAAACAGAACGUACUAAUUUUUGUUCAGAAAUAUUCUUCAAAGUCAGUAUACUUAUAACCAUAGAUUCAAUAUUAACUUUUAAAAAACUGUCUUCUGGGAAGUGAAAAUACUAUAGAUUUGUGGCUAAAUAUUCUCUUAUGUAACCAAGCCUGUUUUUGAGAUUUUUUAAAGCUUAUUUUUCACAAGUAUAAAAUUAUAGCUGUAAUAUUAAUUUUAAUUCCACUUUAGAUACACACCCAUAGUUUGCCAUAAAACAAGUCUACAUAUGUUCUAGGUAAAAAUAACAGUUUUGAUACAAAGUACAUAAGACAUUUACUCCACAGUAUAUUCAUUAUUUUGCAUUUGAGUUAUUUAUUUGUAAGGAUCGUUGGGUAAUCAGUAAAUAAGGGUAAUAUUGAUAAUUGGUACUUUGUAGUAGUUUUGGUAUUUAAUAGCUAACACAAUACUGAAAAAAAUGGCAACAUAUUCCUUAUUUUGCAUAAAGUGCUGAUACAAUAACUUAAGUGUUAAAAAAAAAAAACAGCAGGGACCAAAAAAUUCUAAAGCAUCAUUA